UAGAGAUAUACUCUCACACGUCACUCGGGAACGGUAUCUCUAUGGUCGAAAGAGAACCGACAGUCGUCUCUUGGAAACUCCUACGGUCUGCACGCGACUCCUCCGCGAUCAUCAUCCUCUCUGUGAUCCCUUCCCUCGAUCGUGUUUUUUUUCUCUUAUCUAUCGUUCUAUCAUAUUCUAUCGGACUGAUAGAAGAUCUUAGCCACGUGUUGUUAUUCAGUUCGUUCAAAGGAUCGAAGGAUCUCUCUUUCUGUCUCUCUAUUUUUUUCUCCAUUUUUUUCUCUCUUUUUUUCUUUCUUUCUUUCUUUUUCUCUCUCUCUCUCUCUCUCUCUUUCUCUCUCUCUCUCUCUCUCUCUCUCUGUCUCUUUCUCUCUCUUACUCAGUUAUAACAGUUACUCGAGAUGGUGGAUAUAAAAGGAGCAAUUGGUGCUAACGAGCUAACAGAUAAACAGUCCGGUCUUUACCGGGCUUUACUUGCGGAAUUUCUUGGUACGAUGCUGUUAAAUUUCUUCGGUUGUGGAUCGGUCGUAACGAAAAAUGUUGUGGCGAUAAGCCUUGCAUUUGGUUUGACCGUGGCCGCUGCAAUACAAUCGAUAGGUCACGUUUCUGGUGGUCACGUAAAUCCUGCCGUUACAUUUGGCUUAAUGAUCAUUGGAAAGGUACCAAUCAUUCGUGGCUUUCUUUACGUUUUGGCUCAAAGUGCCGGUGCCAUUGCCGGCUCGGCAGUACUAAGGGCACUCUCAACCGAAAGCAUGGAAGUCAGUCUUGGCGUUGUAUCUCUUGCCGAUGGGGUUACACCAGUUCAAGGUCUUGGAAUUGAAUUUUUUUUGGCGUUGAUACUGGUUAUGGUAGUUUGUGGUGCCUGCGACGGUGCAAAGCCUGACAGUAAAGGAAUAGCACCAUUGCUGAUUGGACUUUCCGUUACCGUUGGACAUCUAGUUGGUGUUCCAAGAACAGGUGCUGGAAUGAAUCCAGCACGAUCAUUGGGAAGUUCCGUUGUUAUGAAUGCCUUUAAUGAUCAUUGGUUAUAUUGGGUUGGUCCUAUUCUGGGUGGACUCGCUGGUGGUUUGAUUUAUACACAUGCUGUUGGUCCAGCAAAGAAAGAAGAAAUAUCUACAAGGCAAUACGCGACCGUAGCCAUGGAAGAGAAAGAGCUCCAGAAUCUUACCGGAAGGAAGAACGUCCAUCCCGCUUGAGCGUCACUAAUUAAUCAACCACAUAUAUGCCAAUUUACUAAACUCUUCCUUUGAAUGUUUCUUUUUCAUUUUUUUUUUCUCUUGUACUUGCUGCUGCCUUGAAAAACGAUCGACAUGAACAAAUGAGGAGAUGGGUUAACUGGUUAACUGCAUGUAAUAAUAAUCGUACGGAAUGACACAUUUUAUAUAAUACAUGUAAUAAAAUGUGUCAUAUAUAUAUAUA